AUGGAGUUGAGAGUAGGAAACCGAUACAGACUGGGCAGGAAAAUUGGAAGUGGAUCAUUUGGGGACAUAUACCUGGGUACUGACAUCUCAGUUGGGGAGGAGGUCGCCAUCAAAUUGGAAUGUGUGAAGACCAAACAUCCACAGCUCCAUAUUGAGAGCAAGUUCUACAAGAUGAUGCAGGGUGGAGUGGGUAUUCCAACGAUAAAGUGGUGCGGGGCUGAGGGUGACUACAAUGUGAUGGUAAUGGAGCUGCUGGGGCCCAGUCUGGAAGAUCUGUUCAACUUCUGCUCCCGCAAGUUUAGCCUCAAGACAGUCCUGCUGCUGGCCGACCAGAUGAUCAGCCGCAUUGAAUACAUCCACUCCAAGAACUUCAUCCACAGAGAUGUGAAGCCAGACAACUUUCUGAUGGGGCUCGGUAAGAAGGGCAACCUGGUCUACAUCAUCGACUUCGGCCUGGCUAAGAAAUACCGUGAUGCCCGCACGCACCAGCACAUCCCGUACCGCGAGAACAAGAACCUGACCGGCACAGCCCGCUACGCAUCUAUAAACACCCAUCUGGGCAUUGAACAGUCCAGACGAGACGACUUGGAGUCACUGGGAUACGUCCUGAUGUACUUCAACCUGGGCUCUCUGCCCUGGCAAGGUCUCAAAGCAGCCACCAAGAGGCAGAAGUAUGAACGCAUCAGUGAGAAGAAAAUGUCCACACCCAUUGAGGUCCUCUGCAAAGGCUACCCAUCGGAGUUUGCCACCUACUUGAACUUCUGCCGUUCCCUGCGGUUCGACGACAAACCAGACUACUCGUAUCUCCGCCAGCUCUUCAGAAACCUCUUCCACCGCCAGGGCUUCUCCUACGACUACGUCUUCGACUGGAACAUGCUCAAAUUUGGCGCCAACAGGGCUGUGGAGGACGCAGAGAGGGAGCGUCGGGAGCGGGAGGAGAGGCUGAGGCAUAGCAGGAACCCCGGGGCUAGGGGCAUGGCAUCAGCCUCAGGAAGAGCCAGGGCAGCUCAGGACGUCGCAGCCCCCUCCCCACUGAACCCCACCUCACACACAGGUUUGGAGAAAGAGAGGAAAGUGAGCAUGCGUCUUCAUCGUGGAGCACCUGUCAACAUUUCCUCCUCAGACUUGACGGGGCGCCAGGACACAUCCCGUAUGUCCACCUCACAGGCUCUGUCCCGGGUCACGCCCAGCGGCCUCCAGUCUGCAGCUCCACGGUGAAGUCCGACCAUCCACCCAUGUACCAUGGAGGCCUCAACAUGCAGCACACUCACACUCACACACUCACACACUUACACACACACUUACACAUACACUGGACUCUUGAAUGAUGCAGGGGACUACCAAGCAAUGCACAAGAGUCUGGCUGCGCUCUUGUUCACUCGACGGAGGAAGAGUCGCACCACCAGGAGUGUGUUUGUGUGUGUGAUAGAGAGAUGGGCGGGUGGAGAACAGUUUGGUUGCCUUAACAACCUUGGCAAAAUAACAGCCGCAGCCUCCCUUCUUCCUCUCUUACGGAAGAUGUGGAAUCACUCCCCCUCCUUGCCCUCAUUGUUGAUGAAGCCAUCAAUUCACUUUUCUCUGGCAUCAUGUUUGUUUGUUUUUUCUUUUUUUAACUUUGGUUUUACUUAUUUUUAUUCUUUAUCAUUAAACUUCCUCUCACACCAGCUCCACUGGUCAGACUUUACAAGGGUUUGAAAAUGGAGAAAGACGAGUCUCUUACUUAUUGGAAAUAGUUUGUGGGACUUUUUGGAAUCCAAGAUCCAGAAGGCGCAUGAUCCAUCAUGGCAGUGUUAAAGCACAGUGCCUAAGCUCUCUUUUGUGUUCCGAAAGACUUUUUAAAUACCACAAGUUAACAUUUACUUUUCCUUUUUUUAGGUGUUUGAGGUUUAAAUUUUAAGGUAGAUUAACCCCAACUGUUUUUAAAAAGAGGGAAAAAGCUCCCGUUAAUGUUCUAUUUUCCAAUCUGAUCCUAGAGUAUGAGUGGUUUUGUCCUCCUCAGGUGCGUUGGAACCAGGAUGUUGUAUUAAAUCUGAACACAUGCAGCACAUUUUCUUUCAGUCUUCAGGUUGUGACUGCACCGUGCUGCUUGGCAAAGCUGUGAAUGGAACAGUGUAAUAGUCGGGAUGUCGGUCUGUCCACGCUGAAUGGAUGAGAUGUUGUUUUUGUGCAUAGUGAUGUGGUUUUUGUGUGUUUUUGUGGUUCUGUCUUAGGGUUAUACAAGCUCAACGGGGUAUGUGUGUAUGUAUGUGUGUGUGUUUCAUAUAAAUAUAUAUACACACACAUACAUAUAUGUAUAAAAAAUAUUGACUUUUCCAAUGUAAUAAUAAUUGCUGCAAUUUACAGCUUUACAAAAGUAGGACAGAGCAUAACAUUUGUAAUAAUCAAUUUGCAUGAUUGUUUUGGAGAAUUCAUCCGAUAAGACGUAACUGCUCUUCAGUACGUUUGCUCAGAAUCGGGCGAUGUCCGCAUUCAUUACUUCUAGCCUUAUCCUGUUCGAAGUACUUUCAUAUUGAGUAUGUGCCAUUACACAAUACUUUAUGACAUGGUUGCACAGUGCACAACUGAACCACAAGAACUUCAGAAAAAGACAGUCAGUUGUGGUGACGUGUCCUCGACAACUGACAAAAUUAAAGGCACACUCGUUCAGGAUAACAACUCAGCCUGUGAAAACAGUUUUAUACUGGAAUUGCACUCAGUCGAGCACAUACCUCCGCCAAGGACCAACAGUCAAUUCUGUCCAGCCGCACCAAAUUAGACAUCCUCACAAAUAUCAGUCCACAAGCCAUCAAGAUCUCUGCUGUGUUCCCUCUGAAAGUGUCAAAUUGUCUUACCUCGCAGUGAUAAAGUAAGUGGGGAAAACCUCAGAUCCACACUUGAAUUUUAACGGGUUCUUUCUUGACCCGCCAAGAAAAAAAAUGGUCAGUUAAGUGGUUUCUGCACAAUCCUGCUGAAAAAACAAACGGACAGGGGCGAAAACCUUCUUGGCGGAGGUACAAAUAUCUGGUGGUGCUCUGGAAUAGAAUACCAUGCAGUUACAUAAUAGUGUCAGUAUGAUCCAGUGUUACUGGAGCUCGAACCGUGUUAGCUUUGGUUACCUCAAUUUUGACGAUUUGACUAUUCUAUAAAUCUGUUUUUGCAAGACCCACAACACUAGAAAGGGCAAUAUACAAAAUCACUGGAGUGUUUAAAAGAUACUGUCCCCCAGAUUGAGCUUCAGGGCAUUUGCAGUGAGUUGGCAUCAUUUGGUUGCUCUCUUGGGCACGAUGACAAAAUACCAGCUUGUAAAAUGAAUAGUUUCACCAGAAUAGUGAAGAUAUAAGUAGCUGCAACUGUUCCUGUAGUGGUACAAGAAUGAAAACCAUGCGAUCAGGCUUAUCCAGUAGAAUUCCAUUGAAACAUCCCUGAAUUGGCUCUGAUGGUGAUUUCUCAGAGCAGUCAACGUGAGAGCCGUGCGCUCUGAGGAUCCAGGUAGAAAGAGGGAUCAGGUUAAAUGGAGGCGAAGAGGUGUUGGAGAGCAGCGGACAGUGUUGUGAGAAAGGAGUUCACGCUCGAGUCCCCAACGGUACAACAACUAAACGUCUCAAGUGGCUCUCCUCAUCGUCUCCUAUCUCUCUGUCAAUAAGAUACUUGAUUUGAGCAGUCAACCAACCGAUGUGACCAAUGAAUCCUGCAGAUUUUUAAGUAGAAAACUCUCGAUCCGGUAGAGUAGUUCUAACGUAUUUUAGGCCAUUUUCUGUAGUUGAAGGGGAAUUGGGGUUGUAGUUGCUAAUUUGUACUUGUAUGUUCUGUUGUCGUGUAUAGGAUGUGCCUACUCUGUCUACCACGUCCAAAUGAGCAACUGUUAGGUUUGGGAUGAUGAUGAUGAUGACGACGGUGUAUGGUGGGACUGGUAAUGCUUCACUCCAUUAGAUUCCUGCUAAGGCAGCUUUUUAAAAAUGUACUUCACCUGUGGGCUUGUAAAACAAACCAAAAAAAAAAAAAAGAUUAACUUAUUUGUCUCACUGAUGAUGGCUAUGAUAAAUGCAAGUACACUUUACUGGGGAUGAUAGUUUACUUUGUCAGUCUGCUUUACUCAGUUUCUUAUUUUCGUCACCACCUGUGCAAUUUGCUUUUAACUGUGCAGUGGAGAUGGUUGCUCAUGUCCCACAAGGCAUCUCUUCACUGUAGAUCAUUGGGAAAUCUUUGUCUUUCCACUCCCACCUUAUGAAUUUUGCUCCUCACUUGUAAUACCACUGUAUUUGUGUAUUUUAAAAUUGUGUAAAUAAAUUAAUAAGUACUUGUA